AUGACAGACACCGACAUCAAGGUCCCAAAGCCAAUCGACGACCGCGACCGCGGAAGGAUGGCCGGAAUCGCGCCGGUCAAGGCCGAGUACCUCAUCCCUGCCGACACGACCAUCCUCGUUCGCUCGGCGCCAGACGACGACGCAGCCGAGGCGGCCAAGGACUGCCGCUCCGGCGGCGACGAGAAGCGCCAGAAGACCAAGGGCGGGUGGAAGGCGCGCACCAAGGGCCAGAAACCGUUGCUCACGGGCGAGCGUUCUGUGCGCAUGUGCAGCGGAUGGGAGAAGACGGGCAAGUGUCCUUUCGGCGACCAGUGCAAGUACGCGCAUUCAUGGGACGCGUACUUUGCCGUCAAGCCGGUGGAUAUCCACUACGUCCGGGGUACAUUAUCCGAUGAGGUGACUGAGCGGGUGGUGGGAGGUGAGGAUCCGAUCGGCACCAAAAUCGACCUCGCCACAACGUGCCCGGUCUUCGCCGAGCUCGGGUACUGCACCUUUGGGUGGCGGUGUCGUUUCCUCGGUGGACAUGUUAAGCGGGCUGAGGGAGAGGAGGACAACUUGACCCGCGUUGGGGGUUGGGAGCUCCUCGGCUUCCCGGACAUGGAGGGAAGUCGGGAGGGUCGAAACGCCGAGGUCAACUGGGCCAAGAUUGACGUGCUGUCCUCGCUACAGAAGAGCAAGUACGAGUACGAGUUCUCGCCAAAGUACCUUGCGGUAGUAGAGCCCAACAAGACGUUUGGGCGUAAGCCGAAGAAGCAGCCCAAAAAGAAGAGGGGGCCGGUUAACGAAGAGGACGCGAUGAACGGGGAGGCAGAGGUGACCGUCCAAGCGCCCACAGAGGAGGAGGCGAUGAACGAGGAGGAGGCAGCCAACGGCGAGGCAAACGGCGAACAGAAGGGCUUCGUCCCCGGCCAAGCCGAGGCGAUGGACGUGCCACUCCGGCCCGAGGAGAAGCGCCGCCUGAACUGGGACAACGGGCUGUACCUCGCCCCGCUGACAACUGUCGGCAACCUCCCAUUCCGCCGCGUGUGUACCGACUACGGCGCGACGAUUACUAUCUCGGAGAUGGCGCUCGCGGAGCAGAUUGUGCAGGGCAAGAAUGAGGAGUGGGCACUGGUGCGCCGGCAUGAGAGCGAGAAGAUGUUUGGUGUGCAGCUCGCCGGUGGAUGGCCGAACCGCAUGGUACCUGCUGCCGAGGUGCUUGCGCGCGAACUCGGGCCCAGCGGCAUCGACUUUGUGGACAUCAACAUGGGGUGUCCCAUCGACCUGCUCUUCAAGCAGGGCGCGGGGAGUGCCUUGAUGGACAACGCCAGGCGGCUCGGCAAGAUCUGCGUCGGGAUGAACCGUGCUCUCGGAGAGAUCCCGCUUACUGUUAAAUUCCGCACUGGCGUUGCGAACAACCACCCGAUCGCUCACAAGCUCAUUCCGCGCUUCGCGAACGAGUGGGGCGCAAGUGCCAUGACCCUGCACGGCCGCUCGCGUCAGCAGCGAUACACCAAGCUCGCGGAUUGGGCAUACAUUCGGAAGUGUGUGGACGUGUUGCGCGAGAGCACGGCGGACGCUGGCCUCCCCCCCAUCCCAAUCUUCGGGAACGGCGACUGCUACUCGGCCCAGAGCUACUGGGAGGAGAAGGAGGCGAGUGGUGUCGACGGCGUGAUGGUCGCCCGCGGUGCGCUCAUCAAGCCUUGGCUGUUCACGGAGAUUGCCGAGCGGCGCGAGUGGGACAUCUCGGCCACCGAGAGGCUGGAGGGCAUUCGCAAGUUCGCCGAGUACGGUCUGUCGCACUGGGGCGCAGACACACAGGGCGUCAACACGACGCGCCGGUUCCUGUGCGAGGCGCUCAGCUUCCAGAGCCGCUACAUCCCGAUCGGGCUGCUCGAGCGCUUGCCACCCAUGCUCAACGAGCGGCCACCUGCGUAUCGGGGACGCAACGAGCUGGAAACGCUGCUCGGUUCGAGCUUUGUUGGCGACUGGGUCAAGAUCUCGGAGAUGUUCCUCGGCCCGGCUGGCGACGACUUCAACUUCCAGCCAAAGCACAAGAGUAAUGCUUAUGGUAGUGAAGAGGCGCAGGUUAUCAGGACACAGGGCCGCUGGCCGCGACCCGGCGAGCUCACCCUCAACCCCGACAGGGAGGCUGAUGUACGCCAGUUCGGUUCGCUCGGACUUAUCAACCUCCAUGGCAAGACGGUUGAGAUGCUGGGUUAUGGGCAUAUUGAGGGCGGGGCAGCGAGAUUGCUCCAUGCUUUUGGGUGUCAGAUCCUCGCAGCUAAUACGGCGAGCAAGAAGUCCGGAUGCCAUGGGUAUAUCAUUCCGGGAAAGGGAGAUGUUGAGGGCGACAUCCCGACCGCUUGGUACUCGACUCAAGACCCGUCGUCGUUCAAGACUUUCCUUUCGCGCUCUGACAUCCUGGUCGGGUCGCUCCCAUCUACGCCUGCUACACGAGGGAUGCUCACUCGCGAACACCUCGCUCAGCUUCCCCCUCGCGCGCUGUUCAUCAACGUCAGGCCCGGCGACCUCGUGUUCUCUGACGCCAUCCUCGCCGCCCUCGACGCAGAGAACGGUCUCUUCGGCGCCGGGCUUGACGUCACGGACCCCGAGCCGCUGCCGGCUGGGCAUGCGCUCUUCACCCACCCGCGGGCUGUGAUCACGCCGCACUCGAGCGCUGACGUCGAGGGGUACUAUGACGCUGGCGGCGAGUUACGUGUCGAGAACAUUGAGAACAUGCGCCGCGGAGGAACGCCAUACAACGUCGUCGACCCCGUAAAGGGCUACUAG